AUGAAGUUUAAGCUGGUGGUGCUGCAGCUUCUUGUAUUCUCAACAUCCGUGAUUGUUGCUAAAUCAAUCAAUAAAAGAGAAGCUCCUUUGUCAGAGUACGGGCUACCGCCACCACCCUUACCAUCAUAUGGAUCUCCAGCCCCUUCGUAUGGACCUCCAACGCCUUCGUAUGGACCUCCAGCGCCUUCGUAUGGACCUCCAGCCCCUUCGUAUGGACCUCCAGCCUCUUCGUAUGGGCCUCCAGCCCCUUCGCACGGACCUCCAGCCUCUUCGUAUGGACCUCCAGCCCCAUCGCAUGGACCUCCAGCCUCUUCGUAUGGACCUCCAGCUCCUUCAUAUGGACCACCAUCAUCGGAUCAUAAUACAGGGUACAAUUAUCCUGCACCUUCAAUACCUAGUGGUGAAUGGAAGAAAAAAUUGACAUGGAAAGAAGAAUGGAAACAAGUGUGGAAAAAUGAAAAAAAAUUAGAGUGGAAGCAGGAAUGGAAAAAAGUUCAAGUACCUGUGUGGAAAGAAAUUCAAGUUCCAGCAUGGAAAGAGAUUAAAGUUGAACAGUGGAAAAAAGUUCAGACACCUGUGUGGGAGAAAAUACAAACUCCAGCUUGGAAAGAAAUUCAGGUUCCUGAGUGGAAAAAAAUAUGGAAGCCCGUCUGGAAUACUGUUCAAGUGCCAGCAUGGAAAGAAGUCCAGGUGCCGGAGUGGAAGCAAAUUUGGAUUCCUGAGUGGGUUGAAACUGAACAUAACAAUCCUCAUCAAGGCUAUGAACCAACAGCUCCGAGUUACGGUCCUCCAGCACAAAGUUACGGUGUUCCAUCACAAAGUUAUGGCCCUCCUGCUCCAAGUUACGGACCUCCUACUCAAGAUUCUGGAGAUGGUUAUCAUUAUGAUGCUCCUGCUCCAUUACCUCCGAGCAAAAAAAUGAUCUGGAAAUCAGUUUGGAAAAAGAUUUGGAAAACUGAGAAAAAACAAGUUUGGGAAUCGAAGAAAAAAAUGGAGUGGAAAGCUGAGUGGAAAAAAGUUUGGAAAACUGAAAAGAAGCAAAUUUGGCAAACUGACAAAAAACUUGUAUGGAAAAGCCAGGAUGUUAAAGUCUGGGUACCAUCUAAGAAACAGGUAUGGAUACCCCAAAAAGUGAAGGUUUGGAAAGAUGAGUGGAAGAGUAAGAACGUACCUGUAUGGAAGAAUGUGCAGGUGCCAACAUGGAAGAAAGUCUGGAAACCAGUGUGGGAGAAAGUUUGGAUAGCACUUGUGGCGCUACUGCUUCAAGUUGCUCUUGUUAGCAGUAAGGCGCUCAAUCAAAAUACUGGGAUUUUACAAGGCCCAUGGCAGAUUCAACAAGGAGAUAAUAAAGUGAUCCAAAAGAGAUAUGAUCCAGGAGCUGAUUCGGGACAUGUUGACCAUCAUGACCAUCAUGAUCAUGGAUACUGGAAAAAAAAGCUAAUCUGGAAGCCUGGUUGGAAAAAGGUAUGGAAACCAGCUCAAAAACAAAUUUGGAAGCCAGCGUGGAAAAAAAUUUGGAAGCCCGUUUGGGAGCCAACACAACGAGCUGUAUGGAAAGAAAUUCAAGUGCCAGCUUGGAAAAAAAUUUGGAAACCGGUUUGGAAAGAAAUUCAAGUGCCUGCGUGGAAAGAAAUUCAAGUGCCAGCGUGGAAAAAAAUUUGGAAACCUGUGUGGAAGCCAAUUAAGGUGCCUGGUUGGAAAGAAAUUCAAGUUCCAGACUGGAAAAAAGUGUGGAAACCUAUUUGGAAAGAAAUUCAAGUACCUGCAUGGAAAGAAAUUCAAGUUCCAGCAUGGAAAAAAAUCUGGGUUCCUGAGUGGAUUAAGGUUGGAGUUCCCGGUGAGCAUAACGUUGGGACGGAUCAUCACGGAUGGCAGUAUACAAGUCAUGAUCUUUGGAAAAAAAAAUUGAUUUGGAAACCACUUUGGAAGAAAUAUUGGAAGCCAGCGAAGAAGCAGAUUUGGGUACCAGACAAAAAACUCGAAUGGAAAGAAGAGUGGAAACAAAUAUGGAAACCAGCUAAGAAACAGAUUUGGUUGGAUGAUAAGAAGCUUGUUUGGAAAGAAGAAUGGAAACAAAUUUGGAAACCAGCUAAAAAACAAAUUUGGGUUCCAGACAAGAAACUAGAGUGGGUUGAAGCGUGGAAACAGAUCUGGAAAACAGAGAAAAAACAGGAAUGGAUACCAGAUAAAAAACUAGCUUGGAAAGAAGAUUGGAAACAAAUUUGGGUGCCUGCAUGGAAGGAGAUUUGGGUACCUGAUUGGAAGAAAAUUUGGAAGCCCGUUUGGAUCUCGGAAUGGUUUCCAGCAGAAGAUCAUCAUCAUCAUCAUCCUCCUCAUGGUGGAGGAUGGGAAGAUCGCAAGGAUGGAGGAGAUGAAAAUCAAAACCAACGAUUAGCUAGACAAAGUCCGGUACCACAACAACAACAACACGUCAAACAGCUACAAGUACAACAAGGCUCUACUUCACUUGCAUCAAUUACCGCGGAUUUAGUUCCGCCAGUAUCAAACCAACAAUCAACUUGGAAGCUUCCAACCCGUUAA